AUGCAGUGGAGUCGAUCUCUCUGCUCUUUAAUAGGAGUUGUGUUAUUAGCCCAGAUGAGCAGUACCUCAACAGUAAACGUUGCGUUACAAGGAGUGGCCACUCAGUCAUCACUGUAUGGUGCGGAUAUUACAUAUGUGAAAGCUUCUAAUGCCAUUGAUGGGAGCAAAAACCAAAAUGCCAGCCAAGGAUCCUGCACCCACACGAUGUCGGAGACCGACCCCUGGUGGAGAGUGAACCUGCUGGAUGUGUACAAAGUGACUGCUGUUGUCGUCACCAACAGAGACAGCAAUCCUGAGAGGCUCAAUGGUGCAGAGAUCCGUAUUGGUAAUUCACUGGAGAACAAUGGCAACAACAACAGCAGAUGUGCUGUCAUCUCCAAGAUCACACCAGGAAAUACCGAGACCUUCCAGUGUAACGAGAUGGAGGGACACUAUGUCAGUGUGAUCAUCCAUGGCACUGCACAAAUUCUCACUCUGUGUGAGGUGGAGGUAUAUGGCAGUCUAGCAGGAUACUGUUCAUCUGCAACAUGCCUCCCUCAUGACAAGUAUCACUUUGUGAACCAAAAUAAGAAUUGGACUGAAGCACAGAGGUACUGCAGAAAUAACUACACUGACCUGGCCACCAUAGACAACGUGGAGGACUUGGCCAGACAGAUGAUGUCUGUACACAGUGGUUAUACUGAAGCAGCCUGGAUAGGGUUAAAGAAGGGAGAGUGGCAGUGGUCAGAGAAUGAUUGUAGUGAGGGAUAUUUCAACUGGCACCAAGACGAACCAAAUAACGGGGGAGGGAACGAGGACUGUGUGAUGAUGAGCAACGGUGGUCAAUGGAAUAAAUCCAAUUGCAACAAUUCACAUGUGUUUAUCUGCUAUGACAGUUAUGGUAAGACAUUCCACUUGAUUAAUAAUACUCUGAUGACUUGGAGAGAUGCUCAGAUGUACUGUAGGGAGCAUCACACAGACCUGGCCAGUGUGAGGAACCAGACUGAGAAUAAGGAGAUAUGGGGACUGGCUAAUGGUCACUGUGUGUGGAUCGGCUUGUUCAGAAGCUCCUGGAAGUGGUCGGACCAGAGUAACUCCUCAUUCAGAAACUGGCAUGAGGGACAACCCAAUAACGUCGGAGGGAAUCAGACUUGUGCUGUGACAUUGAUGAACAAUUCAGGGCGUUGGGGUUAUCGGAAGUGUGAUGAAGAACGACCUUUCUUCUGUUACUACAGUGAGUGGCCCUCUCCUCUGUUCAUGGCAUCUCUAAUGUUGCUGAGUUAUGGAGAAAACUACAGCUCCACCUCUGAACGUGUUAUAACAGCCUUUCUCACACCUCUCCUCAGGGACACCUAGACAGUUAAACUAUGUUGUUAUAGCCCUUAACUAGCUCACCUGAUUCACCUAUUCAAGGGCUUGAUGAUUAGUUGACAAGUUAAAUCAGGUGCGAUAGAUCUAGAAUAAAUCAAAUGCAUGGUAUGGCUGGGAUCCCAGAGUGAAGGUUUGAAAAAAGGCUCGUUUUUUUUUUCUCCUCAGAUAAGGCGAUCCUGAUUCAUCAGAAUAAGACGUGGAAAGAUGCCCAGGCCUACUGCAGAGAGCACCACAACGACCUGGUCUCUGCCCACUCUGAGGAGAUCCAGAGAUGGGUGGAGGCCAGGGCCAAGAGGUCCUCCACUCCUCAUGUGUGGCUGGGCCUGCGCUACACCUGCACCUUGAACAUCUGGUUCUGGGUCAGUGGAGAGGCCACCUGCUACCACAACUGGGCUCCGGGAAACGGGACCGUCACGGAGGACUGUGGGAGAACCGGAGCGGGGAGAACCGGGGCGGUAGAGAAAGAUGGACGUCACCAGUGGGUCAGUCUGCCUGACACCGAGAAGCUCAACUUCAUCUGCAGCACCUCUAACUAACAGGUAGUAGAACCUGGACCCGGCUCUAGCACGGUGGCUUUCCCAGACACAGACUUGGCCUGGACCUGGACUUAAAAGCAGAGAAGAAUCUCUAUUGAGAAUGCUUCUUAGUCCAGGUCUAGGCCAAAUCUGUGUCUGGGAAACCGGCCC